AUGUCAGGUUUUGACGGCGUUGAAAAUCAAAUGAACGGUCCAGAUUUAACACCACGUCUCUCUCAAGAUCCUCGUGACCAGCCUCUCUCAUUAUUAUCAUCUUCUCCUUGUUUCCCAAUCACCCUCAAGGUAACACGCACACAAUCACAGGCUCCAAAUAGAAACGGGAAGAUCAAGAGAUUGUUGGGAAUUGAAAACCAACCGUCCGAUGUUGAAACAAGAUCGACGACGACGGAGGAGAGAACGAUACUAAAAGGAGUCACCGGAAUGAUAUCUCCGGGAGAGUUUAUGGCCGUUCUUGGACCAUCAGGAAGUGGAAAAUCCACUCUUCUCAACGCAAUCUCAGGGAGGCUCCAUGGUUCAGCACUCACCGGAAAAAUACUAGCAAACGACGGAAAACUAACGAAACAGACGUUAAAACGUACCGGAUUCGUAGCUCAAGACGAUCUACUCUACCCUCACUUAACCGUACGUGAAACCCUAUUUUUCGUCGCUUUGCUUCGUCUACCUAAAACACUAACCAGAGACGAUAAGAUCAAAGCGGCCGAGUCGGUGAUCUCUGAGCUAGGUCUAGGGAAAUGCGAGAACACGAUCGUUGGUAACACUUUUAUUAGAGGGAUCUCAGGUGGGGAAAGGAAACGUGUGAGUAUAGCUCACGAGUUACUCAUCAAUCCGAGUCUUCUUGUUCUUGACGAGCCUACUUCGGGGCUUGACGCCACGGCGGCUCUCCGGCUAGUCCAGACACUAGCCGGAUUGGCUCAUGAGAAAGGAAAGACAGUGGUGACGUCCAUUCACCAACCUUCGAGCCGUGUGUUUCAGAUGUUUGAUUCUGUUCUUCUUCUAAGUGAAGGAAAGUCUUUGUUUUUCGGACAAGGAAGAGAUGCUAUGCCUUAUUUCGAGUCCAUCGGAUUCUCGCCGGCGUUUCCAAUGAAUCCGGCUGAUUUUCUACUCGAUCUUGCUAAUGGAGUUUCUCAGAUUGACGGUGAAACGGAACGGGAAAAGCCAAACGUGAGACAAACACUAGCCGUGGCUUAUGAUACAUUGUUGGCACCAAGAGUCAAGACCUGCAUUGAGACGUCACAUUCUUCUCAAGAGAACGCGCUUUUUGUGAAAACGCGAGAAAACGCAGGUGGAAUAAUGUCUGGUCUCACUACAUGGUUUAGCCAACUAUGCAUUCUCCUCCAUAGACUUCUCAAAGAACGGCGUCACGAAUCUUUCGACGGACUUCGCGUUUUCCAAGUCGUGGCGGCUUCGGUGCUCUGUGGUCUCAUGUGGUGGCACUCGGAUUACAGAGAUGUACACGACCGACUAGGACUACUCUUCUUUAUAUCAAUCUUCUGGGGGGUACUUCCGUCAUUUAAUGCGGUCUUCACGUUCCCACAAGAACGUGCAAUUUUCUCACGGGAACGAGCUUCCGGAAUGUACACACUCUCGUCUUACUUCAUGGCUCAUGUGCUCGGAUCACUCUCCAUGGAACUUGUUCUCCCGGCGGCAUUCUUGACACUAACUUACUGGAUGGUCGGUCUACGCCCAGGGCUAGUACCGUACCUCCUCACCCUUUCUAUUCUCUUGCUAUAUGUUUUAGUGUCUCAGGGACUUGGACUUGCCCUGGGCGCAGCGAUCAUGGACGCUAAGAAAGCGUCCACGAUCGUGACCGUGACAAUGCUAGCGUUUGUCUUAACGGGUGGUUACUACGUCAACAAAGUGCCAUCCGGAAUGGUGUGGAUGAAAUACGUUUCCACAACGUUUUAUUGUUACCGUAUUUUAAUCGCGAUUCAAUACGGAAAUGGGGAGAAGAUAUUACGGAUGUAUGGAUGUGAAUCGAAAGGAGCGGGUGCGGCGGCAGCGACUACGGCUGGGUGCAAGUUUGUGGAGGAGGAAGUGAUCGGAGAUAUUGGGCUAUGGACAAGCGUUAGUGCUUUGUUUUUGAUGUUUGUUGGGUAUAGAGUGCUAGCUUACUUGGCUUUAAGGCGUAUUAAACUUUAA